AUGGAGCCAGCCCCUCGUGCCACUGUGCCCCAAUCCUUCUCUGCCCCCUACCCACCCCUGGAGGGCAUCGCUGAGGAGGUGACGGCUGAGGAGCCCUGGCAGUGGGACCCACACUCUGCCCAGGGUUGGGAGGACCAGGCCACUGAGGAGGAUUUCCAGCAGGCUCUGAGGGUAGAAGGCUACAUCCUGGGUCUCAUCCAUCGCUACGCGUUCUCACCCCGGCCCUGCAUGCCUCGUACCAGUCUGGGGCCUGACCCCUCCAUCUCCUCCUCAUCCAGCAUUAACAGGCAGAGCAGCCUGCAAAGGAAACCCCCUCUUCACACCCCUGAGCACUGCAUCCCUGACCCACAGGACCUCUACCCUGACCGUGAGUGCCAGGCCUGGGGGUGUGACCCUCUAGACAGGGAGGUGUGGGGGGGGGGGGGCCCAUCCAUGGAGGAGGACUGUUAUCUGUCUUUACCCUACCCUCACUCCAGACCUCACUCCCUGGCCGGGGGGCAUCCACCCUCCCUGGACCCCCCUUGUGGAGCUAAGGACCCUUGUUUAAGUAGUGAGUCUGAUUCCCCCCAGCACUACCCACUGCCCCACUCCCCAGCUUCACAUAAACACCUUGUCAGAGCACAGUACAUUCCUGGGCAGGCAUGCCACGCCCCUGUACUAUCCUCACACUAUCCUCCAGAACACUCCCCCUCACAUUAUCCUCCAGAGCCCUCCAAGCCCAGCCAAACAUUUGUGUCCCCAGACCAAAGCAGCUCAAAGACCAGGGCCACGGGGAAGAAGAGUCGUGAGGAGGGACAGAGCUCCAAGAAGCCUGACCACAGGACCUGCCGCUCCCAGUCUGAGAACAGUUUGAUGGGGGAGAGGGCUUUCCCUAAGCACAGGUACAGCACAGCCGAGCGCCCCCAGCACCAGAGGUGCCAGGGUCCACACACAGGCCCCCAGCACAGCAACACCGCUGGGGGGCAACGCUGGUGCUCCACCCUGGAGCUCAGCCAGGAGGAAGGGGAGACCCAGGGUGAGCAGGCCCACAGAUGCCCACCUCGUAGGGCCCGCUACACCCAGGCCUGCUCUCAUGCAAACCCCAACCACCACUCUCAGGUCCAUGCCCAGCCUCGCCUCUCAGAGUACCCGGAGAGAGCACCUCUGUGUCGGGGAGAGGAGGGCCAUGUGCAGGCUGCCCCUGGGGAGUCAGAGUUCAGCAUGAGUGAGGUGUACUCUCCUGCCUCCAGCUCCCUCUCUAGUGACUCCGAUGAGGGGGGGUUGGUGUGGCCCCAGCAGCUGCCCCCUCGUCUGGCCCCCUCCUCUUCCUCCUCUUUCUCCUCUUCCUCCUCCCCUCAGGCCUCCUCAAAGGCCUCCUCGCAGCCCAAGGCCUUUGUUAAAAUCAUAGCCUCUCAUGCCCUAAAGAAGAAGAUUCUGCGAUUCCGCGCCGGCUCUCUCAAAGUCAUGACAACAGUCUGAAAAUAUGUCUAUCACCGAUUGUUUCUACUGCCCAUAUCCUGCACAGUCUGAUGGUUCAACCUACAUCACCUACAGUUCACACCCUCUGUCUACCUAUGCUGGUCCGUGCAGCAUUGUCAUAAAAUCAAAAGCUAUUUUACCUUCAGGAAAAACUCAGAUGUCUGUAACUGGCCUAAGAUCAGUAUCAUGAUAUCAUCUAGCUAAACCACAUUUCACCAUCAGACUGUGCAUUAACUCUGCAUUAACCAUUCAUUUGUUUAAUGAAAGUCAUCCUCUGAUGGUGACACUGCCAUGUCACAUAUGGACACCUGAAAGUGAACCGCUACCUCUCUUCUCUCAGCUGCACCACCUUGCAGCCUGGACCUGAAGCCCAUGUCUGUAGCACUGGCCCUGUAGGUGACUGUAGUGAGGGGUCAGCACACCCAUUUCUGUAAAU